AUGUCGUUGGUUACGAGGUAUUCCAGGAGUAAGGUGUCUACUGGUGCUCUGCCUGUUUUGGAGCUCGAUGUUGCUCGCCAUUUAUGGUCAAACUCACAUGGUAAACAACUUGAUCCAGAAUCAUCAUUCAAAUCAAAGUUAACUGAACAAAACACAGAUAUUUUGACUAUUGAUUCCAAUUCUAUCCCAAAUAAGAUCAAUUAUAGAAUAAUAAACGAUGGCAAUUCAAUUGUCUUGACACCAUUGGCAUUAAACAACAAUUUCAGUAUUGAAUUGAGAGUAUUGAAAAUUAAUCUACCUGACAAGAUUAGAUCAAAUUGUUUAACAAUUAACCAAUUUAUCAAUUCAAAUGAUGAGACAUCCAUAUUAGUUGAUAUUAUAAGUGAUGCUGGUAUGAUCAUAACCAUCAUUUUGAAAUUGUCUGAUUUUGUUGUCAGCAAAUCAUCAAGUAUUGAUUCAUCAAAUUAUCAAGAAUGGUGUAAGAUUUCGAACCCAUAUGGAUUUGAUAUUAGAAAACCACAUAUCUUGUACUCAUACUCACAUGACUAUUCCAUAGUGCUACUAAGGGAUGGUGGUAUUAUCGGGUUAAAGAAAGAUUUAUCAAACUUCACAGUGGAACCAAUCAUUUUCAAUGAUAAUUCAUAUUUUGAAAGUUUAGGAAAUUUAUUCAAACCAUGGGCUAAAAAUCAUAAAUUUUCAUCAGAACAUUCAGAUCUUUCAUUGAAAACUACAAUUGAUGCUAUUCAUUUAGAUGAUUAUUUGAUCACGGUCACUAUUAAUAAAAAAUUAAGAGUUUGGUCAAUUUCAAGACAAAGUUUAAUUUUGGAAAAAGAAUUAACUGAUUUCAUUUCAUCAAAUAAAAUAACUACAAAUAAACCAUAUCUUGAUCCAAACCCAACAAAAUUGUUAGAGAUAUUGAAAGUGGAAAUUAAUGGUCAACAACAUACAUAUUUAUCAAUUUUUUUACCAUUUGGUAAUGGAGUUUUCAAAAUUUUGGAAAUUCAAUCAAAUUUAACAUCAUUUGAAGUUGGUGAUUUAGGUGCAAAAUUUGAAUUUGAAGCAAAUUUACCUGACUCAACUACAAUUUGGUUAGUUGCAGAUUUUAAAUCAAUAGCACCUUCAGCAAAAGAAAAUCUUGAAUUGUGGGUACUUUGGAAAAGUAAUACUUCUUCAAUCAUUCAAAAUUUGAAGAUUGAUAAAGAUGCAAGUUUCCAAUGGUUUGAAGUUGCUAAAUCCUCAAUAGAGUUACAGAAAUUCACUGAUAGUGAAACAUGGUCUGAGUUUUAUUUACGUAAAAUAUUUGAUGCAGGGCUCUAUUCAAAUGAAAUUGUUGAAACUGCAUUAUCAAUUUAUGAACAGCAUUUUACAAAUGAUCAAUUAAAUAAGGAUGGUGAUGAAAACUUAUUAGAUGAUUUAUCAAUCCGUGAAAAAGUUGUUAAAACUAUUGGUAAAGAUAUUGUUAUUGAUAAGAAUUAUGAUGAGAACUUGAAGAAACAGUGGCAAAGAUUCGACACUUUAUGUAAAGAAUUUCAAAAACAAUCAGAUGAACCAUUAAAACUAUACAUUAACGUUGACACAAGCUUGAUAUUGGUUAUAAAUAGAAAUGAUUAUUCCUUAGUUAGAAAAACCUCAAAUAUGGAAUUAUUAAGCAACAACAAGCAUUUGAAAAUUUCAUCAAUUGAAGAGUUUGAUGAUAUUAAAGAACAUUUAAGAUUUUUAGACAUCAUUUCCAAUUUCAGAAAAUCAAUUUCAAGUGAUGUUUUGAAUAAUGUUAGAAAUGCAUUAGUUAGACUUGUCAACACUACACAACCAACACGUCCAAAAAAUGAAAGCUUAGCAUUGAUUUAUGAAUCCAGUUUAAACAAUAAAUUUAAUCCAACAAAUUUAUCAAGUUUAGUGGAAGAAUUAGCAACAUUUGACAAUAUUUUCAAAAUCAUCAAAGAUUUACUAAACCUUCAAUCAGGAUCAAAUGAUGAUUCAUUAAUCAAGGGUAAAUUAACAAAAUUUGGUGUCUCAUUAGUGUUGAAAACUUUAAAAGAUAUAUUGGUUGUUAAUCAAGAAAUUUUAUUUGAUUUAUUAAUUUUGUUAUUGGUUUUAGAAUUUGAUAAUGCUGAAGAAUUGGAAUCUUUAUUAUCUGUUAUUUUACCUCUAUAUCAAACUUAUCAAGCCAUUGAAACCACUUUCUACAUAAAUUUCAACACAACAACAAACAAGUUAGAAUUGGAUGAAACUUCAGUAUUAGAAAACAGUCUUGUCACCAAAAUAUUAGAAUUGAAAUUUCCUGAUGGAUUUUUAUUAACUGGUAAUACAUUGAAUCAAUUCAUUAAUCAUCAAAUCAUCCCAUUCAUUAAUAGUGUUGAGUUCAUCUAUUCGGUUGCUGCUUAUUUAAUUUCCAAUGAUUAUACUUUUUUGUUAUACAAUCAUUAUUUACAAUAUUAUGGAGAUACACCUGUCUUUGCAUUAUUAAAAGCCGUCACAUAUUUACAAACGGAUCAAGCAUCAAAAGCUGAAAAAAUUUUGUUGAAAAACUCAGAGCAAAUCAUCAAAUAUAGAUUAACUUCACAAGAGAAAGAAAUUUUCAAAUCAAUUGAAGAUUAUAGUGUGUUUUUCCAUACUUCAUUAUCAAAAUUCUAUAUGAAUCUAAGUAUAUUGUUCCUCAAUAGUUUCAAAUUCCAGUCAGCUUUGAAAUUCAUUAAUUUAUCCAUUUCAAACAAUUUCAAUAAUGAAUUUGAUAAUAAAUAUUUGGAAGAAAAAUAUUAUACAUUAUUUACAAUUGCCAUUGAAUUGUCGAAUUUUGAAAUUGCCACAAUUGCAUUAGAUAAUAUCAAAGAUCCAAAAAAGAAAAUCGAGUCAUUUGAUAGAUUUAUUUACAAAUUAUACAAGAUUGGUGAAAUUAGAAGAUUGAAUUAUUAUGAUUUCAAACAAGAUUAUCCAUUAGUUGAUUCAAUAUUGUUAUCAAAAGCUCAAUCAUACACUUCAGAUUUGAAAAAAUCAUUAUUCUUUUAUCAAGUUUUAUAUUCUUUUAGGUUGAAAUAUAAAAGAUAUAGAAGUGCACUAGAAUCAUUAUAUGAAUUCAUCAACAAAACAAAGCAAGAAGAAGAUGAAACAUUGAAGCUCACAGUUGCAGGAUUAUACUCCACAAUUUUGAAUUUAUUGGUUACUUUACCAAAAGAUGAACAAUGGAUCAUUACUGCAAUUAACACUGAGGAAAAUGAUGUACUCAGUUAUGAACAACUCAAGGAGGAACAACUAAAAAUUACAAAUUCAUUUUCAAGAGACUUGAAACUUAAAUACUUGUCAUAA